AUGGUGGCCGAGGGGCGAAAGGGGAAAGAUGUGGAGGUGCUGAAGCGGGUCGUCCCGAGGAGCCGCACCCUGUCCACCGAUAGCACGGCACGCGUCACCAACCAUAUACAGGAACUCAUCUUUGACCUCUACAAGGAGCCCAACGACAAGAUUUUGUUGCCCAGCUUUUUGAGGAAAUUGACAGAAUGCGGAAUCCGCAGGGACGAUCCUCGUCUUAUGGCCAUGUUGAUGAGGUUGAGAGAGGGAGACAAUCUAGACUGCGAUGGACUGCUCGACCCGGAAUCAUUGUAUUUGGACCGGGAAGCGUUUAAAAAAUCCGUCGGCGAUUCAAUUGGUGUGAUCGGAAAAGCCCUGAAAAAGCAGCUGGUCGUCCCGGAUUGGAAUAAAUUCACCGAUGAGAUUGGAAGUAUCUUCGAGAUGGUUCGACCCGAGGAUUCGGGACACCUAGCCACCUAUAUCCCACAACUCGCCCGCUGUGAUCCGAACCUUUGGGCCGUUUCCGUUUGCACAAUUGACGGGCAGAGGAAAAGUUGGGGCGACGCGAAAGUGCCGUUUUGCCUUCAGAGCGUCAGCAAACCGUUCACCUACGCGCUGGUGCAUGAGGAGAUUGGGCCCGAGCUUCUGCAUUCCUUCGUCGGGCAGGAGCCAUCUGGGCGUCUUUUCAACGAGAUUUGCCUAGAUCAUUCGAAAAAGCCCCACAACCCACUCAUCAACGCCGGAGCGAUCAUGUGUGCAGCGCUAAUGCAACAAGGAGCCCAGAUUGCCGACAGAUUCGAUUUUGCCCUUCGACAAUUCCGCGGAUUUGCCGGAAAUAUAGGGCAUGUCGGCUUCAACAACUCGGUCUUCCUAUCCGAGCGCGACACGGCUGAUCGGAACUAUGCGCUGUCGUACUAUAUGCGGGAGCACAAGUGCUUCCCGAAGGAGACGAAGCUGCAGGACACGAUGGACUUGUACUUCCAGCUUUGCUCUAUUGAAACCAACGCAGAAUCGUUGGCUGUGAUGGCAGCCACAUUGGCAAAUGGCGGCGUUAAUCCGUUGAACGGGGACCGGAUCAUUAACAACAAGGCUUGCCGCGAUACGCUCUCCUUGAUGUACUCCUGCGGAAUGUACGACUACUCGGGAAUGUUCGCUUUUAAGAACGGUCUCCCCGCAAAAUCCGGCGUCUCUGGCGAUAUGAUCAUCGUCGUGCCGAACGUCAUGGGCAUCUGCAUCUACUCGCCUAGACUCGACGCGCUCGGGAAUACCGUGCGGGGCGUGAAAUUCGCCGACGAGUUCAUCAGGCGGUUUAACUUCCACAACUACGACAGUUUGGUCUACUCCGACUGCCACAAAUUGGACCCGAGGAAGUCAACAGCAGAUGAACACUGCGAUGGCACGAGCCGGAUGAUGUACGCCGCCAAGAUGGGCGAUAUUCAAGCGUUGAAGCGAUGCCUCCUCAUCGGCAUUCACAUCACCGACCGGGACUACGACGACCGGACGGCGCUGCACAUUGCGGCCUCCGAGGGCAAUGAGGUGGCGCUCGAGUUCAUCCUCAGCAAGUGGAAGGAGGAUCCAUCACCCGUCGACCGCUUCGGCCGAACUCCUCUUGAAAACGCCGAACUCUUCGACCAGGUGAAAUGCGUCGAGAUCCUCACCCGCGCCAACAAUUCCUUUCUCAACCGCAUCAUUCAAUUUGAGCCACAACUUCCUACCGUAACCCCUUUGGAUGGACCCGAUUCUCCAGAUUUCCCAUGUUGUAGUUCGUCCUCCGCCCCAUUUGACCAGCCAUGUGCGCCUGGUGCCUGUUUUGAGACUACAAAGAGCCUGCAGAAUCUCCUGAACCAGUUGACGACGUUGACGUCCUUUGUUACCAGCUUG